GCUGCAACAUCAUCUCUCAAACAAAACAUCAAACCACGUACCUAGGCAGGCGACUCUUUUUGCGCCGUCUCAACCUACGACAGCACCCAUCUUCACCCUCCCACUUUGCUGUCUCUCUUGUCUUCUCGGCACAAGGUAGUCAACAUGGCUUCAGAUAUCAGCCAGAUUGCCCAACUGCUGGAUGCAACGCUGGACCCCGUCCAGCACAAAAAAGCCGAAAAUCUCCUCAAGGCUGAGGAAAAGAAGCCUCAAUUUUCCUUACAGCUUCUCAAAAUUGUCGCUACCGAAUCUUUCGAACCGAAAACCCGUCUUGCUGGCGCCCUCUGCUUCAAGAACUUCAUCCGACACAACUAUGUUGACGAAGAUCGUAACUACAAGCUACCCCUUAACGAGGUCAAUACGAUAAAACAGGAGCUUAUUGGGCUCAUGAUCGCAUGUCCCGCUACCAUUCAGACACAGCUAGGAGAAGCUAUCAGCAUAGUGGCAGACUCCGACUUCUGGGAUCGAUGGGAUACCCUAGUACAGGAUCUUGUCUCUCGGUUUACUCCCGACAACUACAAGGUCAACAACGGAGUGCUGGAGGUUGCUCAUUCCAUCUUCGUAAGAUGGAGGCCAUUGUACCGAUCAGAUGCCUUGUACACAGAGAUCAACCACGUGCUGGGCACAUUCGCAGUACCAUUUCUCAAUCUACUCAGUGCAACGGACCAGCAGAUCAACGCGAACCAGAAUAACAAAGAAGCCCUUAAAGGUUACUUCGACACAAUGAGCCUAUUGAUCAAGGUGUUUUAUGAUUUGUCAUGCCAAGAAAUGCCACCUCAGUUUGAAUCUAACCUAGAGGAUAUUUCGACGCUCCUUCACAAGUAUCUUGAGUACGACAACCCGAUACUAGCAACCGAUGAAGACUCGGAAGUGGGCAUCAUUGAAACUGUGAAAGCCGAUAUCUGCGAGGCGCUGCAGCUCUACGUUCAGAAAUACGACGAUGACUUCGGUCGGUACACCCAAGUCUUCAUCUCCAAAGCCUGGAACCUACUCUCCAAUAUCGGGCCCGAAACCAAGUAUGACAACUUGGUUAGCAAGGCUCUUCACUUCUUGACGGCUAUUGCUGGAACUGCGCAGCAUUCAGGUGCUUUCAAUGAUGAGGCUGUUCUCAGCCAGGUGGUGGAGAAAGUGGUUCUUCCUAACGUGGCACUUCGAGAGUCGGAUAUAGAAUUAUUUGAGGACGAGCCCAUUGAGUUCAUCCGCCGCGAUCUCGAAGGGUCGGACACAGACUCCCGACGGCGAGCUGCGACAGACUUUUUACGCCAGCUUCAGGGCAAAUUCGAACAAUUAGUCACAUCUGUGACCGGAAGAUACAUCAACCAUUAUCUAGAGCAAGGCAAGUCGAACUGGAAGGACAAGGACACCGCGAUAUCACUUUUCUUGUCGAUUGCGGCCAAAGGUGCUGUCACAGCAUCACAUGGUGUGAAGACAGUCAAUGAAUUGCUCAACGUAGUCGAUUUCUUCCAGCAGCAUGUCGCGAACGAUCUGAUUGGUGACGGUGAUGUUGAGCCCAUUGCGAAAGUUGAUGCGAUCAAAUACCUAUACACCUUCCGAAGCCAAUUGACUAAAGAGCAAUGGCAGGCUGCUUUUCAACCCCUUAUACAAAAUUUAGGCUCUUCCAAUUAUGUGGUAUACACAUAUGCAGCUAUUGCUGUUGAGAGGUUGUUAUACCUCACAGAUAGCUCUGGCACUCGCAUCUUCGGCAGGGCUGACAUUGAACCAUUCGCGAAGGACCUGCUUGAACAUCUGUUCAAGCUCGUCGAGAAGGAAAGUUCACCCGCAAAGAUGCAAGAAAACGAGUUUCUUAUGCGUUGUAUUAUGCGAGUCCUUAUAGUCAUGAAUACGGGCAUCCUCAACUUUGAUGAUAUGGUUCUUGAUCACCUAAUAUCGAUCACCAACGUUAUCAAGGCAAACCCGAGCAAUCCUCGAUUCUACUAUUAUCAUUUUGAGGCAUUAGGUGCCGUUGUCAGCUGCGACUCACCCUCUGGAACCUCGAAGUUGGAGGAGCGCCUGUGGGAACCUUUGAACCUGAUAAUUACAGAGGAUGUGAACGAGUUCAUGCCUUACGUAUUCCAGCUUUUCGCCAAAUUGUUAGAGCUGAACCCAUCAGGGGCACUGCCUAACCACUACCAGGCUCUCGUUCCCCCAUUGAUGUUACCUGCUACUUGGGAAACCAGGGGCAAUGUUCCUGCACUCACCAGAUUAUUAGUAGCCAUAAUACCCAGAGCCACACAAUAUAUUGUAGCCGAGAACCAGGUUCAGCCUAUCUUAGGCAUAUUUCAGGGCCUUCUGAGAGGCAAGAAGACUGAACAAAAUGCGUUUGAUCUCCUGGAAGCCGUCGCAUUGUCGAUACCAAGUGCUACAUUGGAGCCAUUCUUCAAGAGCAUCUUGGAGCUCCUCUUCACCAAGCUCCAAUCUAAUCCAUCAGAUUCGUUCAAACUACGGUUUGUACGAUUCUACCACCUUAUAUCAGCCAAACCAGAAGCUGGUCUUGGAGCUGAUUUCUUCGUCAGUCAAGUCGAUCUUGUGCAAAAUAACCUGUUCACACAAAUUUAUUUGACCAUUAUCUUACCGACAUCGGGACAACUUGUGCGCCCGGUAGACCGGAAAGUAGCCGUAAUUUCCUUCGCGAAAUCGAUGGGAGACAGCAGCGCCUUCGCGCAGCGAUAUCAGAAAGGCUGGCGAUUCACAUGUGAGGCCAUGCUCAACAUGCUUAUGAACCCCCCCAAGGUGACUAUGGGUGCUGGUGACGAGGUUGUCAACGAGGCUGAUGUUGACGAUAUCGGUUUCGGCUUGGGCUUUACAGCCCUCAACACGUGCAAAAAGGCGGCACGUGACGACUUCCCCGAGGUCCAGGAUAUACAGCAGUGGGUGCGUCAAUACCUCAUGGACGCUAACACUAGGCAUAAUGGUGCUAUUGCGAGCUAUAUGGAUCGCCUAACAGACGAGGGCAAGCAGGCUUUGGCUAUGUAUGUGUCUUAAGUGACGCGUAUUCCCAAGGCAUAGGGCUAGUGGAGUACCUGCAAAAUCUUCUAAAAGGGUGUGUAAUCAUUGAUGACAAACUAUACGGGGAUAGUAAGAGCAUAGGUCCUUGAAGCGGCUGUUAGUGGUUUCCAAAAUGAUAGCUUUCAGCUCAGACUUCACACUACAAUAGUCCACAUAAGAAACGCCAUGUUCGUUCAGAAUAUACGUUAAUGUCAUAGACAGUCGUGAGGUGGAUCUCGCGAAUAGUUGCGAUAUUUCUAAGAUGU